AUGGCAGCAACAGCAAGUCAUGAUAUUAAGCUGCUGGGCUCACGUCCUAGCCCAUUCGUAAACCGGGUUCAAUUUGCCCUCAACCUCAAGUCAAUAGAGUAUGAAUUCAUCCAGGAGAAUACAAUGGCGAAAAGUGAACUCCUUCUGAAAUCAAACCCUAUUCACAAGAAGAUCCCAGUUUUCUUCCAUGGCGAUAAGCCCAUCUGUGAAUCACUCAUAAUUGUACAAUACAUUGAUGAUGCCUUUCCAGAUGGUCCCUCCAUUCUUCCCUCCGAUCCCUUUGACCGGUCAAUGGCCCGGUUCUGGGCUGCUUAUAUUGAGGACAAGUGGCUCCCAUUAUUUAGGCAAUUGAGGGAAGCAAAAGAAGAGUCGUCAAAGGAUGAAAUCAUGGAGAAAAUAUCAGAAGGUGUAAAACUAUUGGAGGAUGCUUUUGUGAAAUUGAGUAAAGGGAAGGGAUUUUUUGGUGGAGAAACAAUAGGGUACGUUGACAUUGCUUUGGGUUGCUAUUUGGGAUGGUUUCAGGUUCACCAUACGGUUUCAAACCUGAAAAUAUUUGAUGAAACCAGUUCUCCAGCACUUGUGGAAUGGAUUGAGAGGUUUAAGAAUCAUGAAGCUAUUAAGGGAACUCUUCCCGAGAUUGAAGAACUCCUCAACCUUGUCAAAAUGAUGGAAGCUGCUAAGGCUGCUGCUGAAUCUGAAGUUAAAGCUUAG